AUGAAAGAGUUCAAAGUAGUCGUUUUAGGCAGUGGGGGUGUUGGUAAGAGUGCCUUGACUGUCAAAUUUGUGUCCGGAAAGUUCAUGGAGAAGUAUGACCCGACCAUCGAGGAUUUCUACCGCAAGGAAAUAGAAGUGGAUUCGGCUCCGUCAGUUUUAGAGAUUCUGGACACUGCGGGUACUGAACAGUUUGCCUCCAUGCGGGAUCUGUACAUCAAAAAUGGCCAAGGAUUUGUUAUCGUCUACAGCAUUACCAGCAUUCAGACAUUUCAAGAUAUUAAAACCAUGAAAGAUCAGAUCCAGAGGGUGAAAGGCGUGGUGCGUAUCCCGAUGAUUCUCGUGGGCAACAAAUCAGAUUUAGAGAGCCAGCGGGAAGUUUCUUCGUCGGAAGGGGCAUCUCUUGCCCAGCUGUGGGGCUGCCCCUUUAUGGAGACCUCCGCCAAGAGCACCAACAAUGUGAAUGAAGUAUUCAUUGAGAUAGUCCGGGAAAUGAACUGCAACCCCUUGCGGGAUAGCAAGGGCUGUUGUGUUAUCCUCUGA